UUGCCCAAUAGUUCACGCGAGACUGUCGCCAUGUUUGGUUAUUUUAUUUGUUUUUAACGCGGAGUAAAACCAGAUAAUUUGAAGCGCUCCUAGUCGAAUGUGUCGUGGAAUUUUGUUUGAAUGAAUAAAUUAAAAGGGACGCGUCCGCACUAUAUUACCGUACAUUAUUUUUUUGCCAGUGCAGUAGCAUCAAGUGAGAAAAUCAACAGAAACAACAAUUGUUCCAUUUGCACAAAAAUAGCCUAAAAAUUUAACAGCAACAACAGCAGCCGCGGCACCAAUACCAACCACAAUAACAACAACAACAGCAACACUGUAACUGUAAAACGCCGCAACGCAACAGAGCAAAAAGCGCUGAAAAGUGUUACACAAAGUGAAAUUGCCUUUUGCGGCACACACAAAAAAAAAUUAAGUACACGGCACAGCAGCGGCAACACAACAACCACAGCAGCAGCAGCAACAACAGUCGCAACAGCAACAACAGUAGCAGCAACAUCAAAAUAACAAACAACAUUUUGUGCGUGUGCGUUUACUUUUGAGAGUUGUUGUAGUUGAGCCGCGAACAAUUCCAAUUGGAGUUCACUGCAUCUAGAGAAGGACAACAACAAACAUACAAGUAAAAACAAAAACAAAAUAAUCAUGGGCGAUUUUGAUUUAAAUGUGGACAGUCUCAUACAACGGCUGCUGGAAAAUUUCAAAAAACAAAAAGAGGCCGAGGAGCAUGCACAGAAGCUGCUCAUCGCUCAGCAAUUGGCCGCUGCUGGCGGCGGCAGUGGCAGCGGCAGCGGCAGCGGCGUCUCUGCCUCCAGUUCGGCUGCCUGUUUAGUGGGGGCCGGAAGCAGCAGCAGCAGCUGCAGUGGCGCCACCGCCGUAUCAGCAGCAGCAAUGACAGCAAACGAUCCGCUGGACGAGCUCACCGAACAGCAGCGCCGCAUGCUGCAGCAGUACUCGAUAUCGCCGCCCAGCGAGACAAUGAUAUCGGCCGAUGGCGAUCAGAUAACGGUGCAUCAUCCGCGCGAGGAGCCCAAGAAAUCCAGAUUGAAAUUGCGCGACUUCUUCGUUGCCGAAUUUGGUAUUUUAUAA